AUGAUCAGUUUUACCUUGUGUAUCGCACUAUACAGUUUUUCUCGGCACUCAACGACCGUAGCGAUUUACCGAGGCCACGAGGGUUAUACUCGCCCUGACGACUACGCCCAUUCUACCUUGAGUCUAAAUUCAAUAAUCACUCCGACUGCCACCCCAAGUCCCCCAACUACAAAGAAACCCUCGAGGACCCGCUACGCUGUCGCCAUAUUUAUUGGUACGGAAUUUGAGGCGAAGGAAGAUGCUGAGGACGACGAACAUAUGUACUAUGUAGGAGCUCGGACGUUGAUUUAUCAGCUACUCCAUGCAGAGUGUACAAAAUUCAGCAGUCCAGUUUCUAUUGUGAUUCUGGUCACCAAAGGUGUGCGCGACAGCAAGCGACAGCGACUACGGGAUGAUGGUGCGAUAGUCGUCGAGGUUGAGGAUAUGGAACACUCUAUCGAAAUUGAGGUCGGCCGCUAUCAAGAAGUGUUCAACAAGUUACAAGUCUUCGAUCCUAGCAUAAUGCCAUUCGAAAAAGUGGCCUUGCUCGAUGCAGAUAUGGUCAUCACUCGUCCUCUCGACGCAAUCUUCGAAGACCCUGCUUCUCAGCGCUUCCUAGUCAAUCAGAAUGCGACAAAUCCACUUGCCCCCGGCUUGCCCCCGAUUCCUAGUAGCUAUGUGUUAGCUUCGACGCCCGAUAUUGCUUAUAGGCCAUUCGGCUUUCCUCCUAACCUAGCCGCUGAAGACAAUCGCGACUAUUUUAAUGCUGGUGUGAUCGUGCUCUCACCUUCUACAGAACUUUUCAAACUCUAUCUUGCCGUCCUUGGCCGCCCGGAGUUAUUCGAUGGCUUCUGGCCUGAGCAGAAUCUCCUUAACUACGUCCACGGCCGGGAUGGGCCGAUGCCCUGGGGAAGCCUUGAUUUGUUAUGGCAUCUUCCAGACCCCACUGCAGCUGAUUUUGAGGCUGGCAUGGCUAUCCUUCACUGCAAGUUUUGGAAUCCAACUUCGGAUCCGUGUCAGCAGAGUGCGGUUUCUCGACGGUGGGAAAUGCAGGGAUACUGGAGCGGUAGGGAGGAAAGAUCGGCGGAAAGAUCGGAGGGGGAGUCGGGAGACUUGAAGAGAGUCUAG